CGUCAAACAGUCAUGCAUGACAAGGUCAUAGAACGAUAUCCCACAAAAAGGAAGCUGAAGAAGAAGAGCGCGCCUCGAAAGGGCAGAAGAGUGACAUAACCCUGCAGGAAACAAGGGCUUUUUACGCACGAAAAGAUUCCAAAUGGUCAAACAGCUGGAUGGGGCUGCGCAUUGCAUAUUGGAUUCGAUUUGCCGCUCUUCCUGCCUUACUGCUAUCUUCUUGCUUGAACCUUUUAGAGCGAUGGACGAAAGAGAGCCAAGGGAACCUUGCAUACAAGACUAUCAAACAGUUCGAGCAAAUUGACAUGUCGAACGGUUUCUGGCGUGUACAGCUGAAUCAUGCAGCGCUCCUUGCAAAGAAGAACCUCGCUUGUUUCGCAUAGACAAAGAAGCACCACAGCCACGAAAGACCCAAGAAUUCGGAUAGGGCGGACUGC